AUGGCGCUGUACGCGGCUGCCGCGGCUGUGUUGGAGGGGGUUGAGGGUCGCCAGGGCUCCAUUAAAGGACUGGUAUAUGGCAGCCGCUUCCAGAACGUGAAACAGCUCUACGCGCUCGUGUGCGAGACGCAGCGCUACGCCGCCGUGCUGGACGCCGUGAUUUCCAGUGCCGGACUCCUCCGCGCCGAGAAGAAGCUGCGGCCGCACCUGGCCAAGGUGCUAGUGUAUGAGCUGUUGAUGGGACGGGGCUUUCAAAAGGGUGGGGGCCGAUGGAAGUCUCUGAUGGCCCGGCACCAGGCAAGGCUGAAGGCCGAGUUGGCCCGGCUCAAGGUUCGUCGAGGGGUGAGCCGGAAUGAGGACCUGCUGGAAGCGGGACCAGGGUCUGGUCCAGCUGACCAGAUACCUCGGUUUGUGCGGGUCAACACCCUCAAGACCUGUUCUGAUGAUGCAAUUGAUUAUUUCAAGAGACAGGGUUUCUCUUAUCAGGGACGGGCUUCCAGCCUUGAGGACUUAAGGACUCUGAAGGGGAAACAUUUCCUUCUGGAUCCCUUGUUACCUGAGCUGCUCGUGUUCCCUGCCCAGACAGAUCUCCAUGAGCAUCCACUGUACCAAGCCGGUCACCUCAUCUUACAAGACAAGGCCAGCUGUCUCCCUGCCAUGCUGCUGGCACCGCCACCAGGCUCUCAUGUCAUCGAUGCAUGUGCUGCCCCAGGCAACAAGACCAGUCACUUGGCUGCUCUUCUCAAGAACCAAGGGAAGAUCUUUGCCUUUGACUUGGAUGCCAAGCGGCUGGCAUCUAUGGCAACUCUCCUGGCCCGGGCUGGCGUCUCUUGCUGUGAGUUAGCAGAGAAGGACUUCCUGGCUGUCUCGCCCUCAGACCAGCGUUACCGUCAAGUGCAGUACAUCCUGCUGGACCCCUCCUGUAGUGGUUCUGGUAUGUUGGCACGACAGUUGGAAGAGCCCGAAGCAGGACCCCCUAGCAAGGAGCGCCUGCGUGCCCUGGCUGGGUUCCAGCAGCGAGCUCUGUGCCACGCGCUCUCUUUCCCAUCUUUGCAGCGCCUGGUCUACUCCACGUGCUCCCUUUGCCAAGAAGAGAAUGAAGAUGUGGUACAAGCAGCUCUGCAGAGGAAUCCAGGGACCUUCAGGCUAGCUCCUGUCCUGCCCUCCUGGCCCCAGCGAGGCCUGGGCACCUUUCCAGGUGCUAAACACUGUCUUCGGGCCUCUCCAGAGACCACGCUCACGGCUGGUUUCUUCGUUGCUGUCCUUGAGCGGGUGUCAAGAACUGCCACCUGGCUCAGCCCGGAAGAAGAAGCUGCGGUGCCAAAAACCAGCAGCUGGUGCUAGCAUACCGCCCUGCACAUAGCAGGUGCUCCGGGGCCUGAGGCCUGGUGGCAGUUCUGUCCGAAGGCAGUGGAAGAGCAUGAGCAGCACCCACUGAGGUCUCAGAGGCGAAGCCUGGUUUCAGAUCUUUUUGAAGUGACAGAUCCUGCUAGGAACCGGUAA